GAACUAUGCGAUGCAAGCAGCAAUACGGGAAGCCAGUGGGAAAGCUGGGGAAGAGCAAGUCAAACGGCGGCCGGGCGAAAUGCGGGAAGGAAGCGAGUGAUGGCGCAGGGCUCUUUGGCGAUGGACUGCCCAGAGUCGAAGACCAGGCCAAGCCCGUUUUCGCAGGAGAACCUUGGAGAAAAAAGAUCCACCUGCACGAGGCAGAUGGACCCCUCAAAGUCCCCUCAAGACUCUAGUGGUCACAGAAUGGCGCACCGAGAGGUCACAGAACUGACAGAAGUGGAUGGUGCAAGCGGUGCGUGGUGGUCACCUCCCACCACGCCCGCCCACCAUCCACCAUCCCUCGGAAAGGUGGCGGCGUCGGCCACUAGAACAAGUUCAUGCGGGGCAGUUCUGGCGGCGCCAAGACCCUGCGCUUUGUCCUGUCAGUCUGUCACUGCCCUCGCUGCCCUGGGCCCUGGGUAA